CUCCAGCCCUCCAGCCCUCCAGGUAUUAUUAUUAUUUUCACAUCUCCAAACACGCCGCCAGGCCAUCGUUGCCUCGUGUGUUGUGUGCGUUACACUCUCGCCUCUACCCUUGAGAUCCUCUCUGACCACCGUCCAUCCCUACUGCCUAAUUGUUGUCUCCCUCCCUUUCGCCCUCCCCUCCCCUUCGCUCUGUCUUCUGGCCUGUCAUUCUGGUAACGUCCCGCCACCUAGUCCGGAUCCGUUACAGGUUCCGCAGCGUCCCAAGGCCCAAGCGGGACAUCAUCCGAGGGUGCACUUCGUCCUUCACACUUCCUCUCCUCCCUUCUGUUCUUCAUGCUUGACUCGACGGCAUCUCCAAGUCCGACUCCUCCCCUCCACUACUCCCCGACGCUCGUCAGCGACCGUGACCGCGCCUCCACGAGGGAUCCGACCCCCGUUACCACUCCUCCCACCAUCGGGUUUGGUGUGCCCUCGCAGAGACCGGACAAGGGUUGGUUCUCCAGCCAGCAUUUAGGUAGAAAUAACGACCACGACCACGACCACGACCACGACCACGACGACGAUCACGACGGGAUCUACGACUUUCCUCUCUUUCCUAGCACGAUGACGAGCUCGGCCACUCCCAUCGACCUUUCCACCCGCAACACCUCGGUCUCGCCACCAGGCCAACAGGCCUCCAACCUCACCUCUGCCUUGCAGCGAGCUGGUCCUGGCGAACGGGCAGGUAGCGUCUCUCAUCCAAAUGGCAUUGGUCUCAGCAUGUUCAAGGCUCCGCCACCUCGCAAGGACUCCAUCAGUGCAGCGACGGCCCAGUGGGGGAACGGCACAAAGCCCAUCUCGGUCUCGGGCUCGAACCGCGACAAACAGCGCCGAGAAUCCCUGGCGGGGAGUCUCGUCGGGGGGAUGAGCUGGGGUGGCAUUUCCGUCGGCAGCUGGAUUCGUGACGACAUUAUCAUGACUGGCACUUCGCCCUUCGCCUUUCAAUCACCCUCCUUCCACUCCUCCUCGUACCUGCCCAAGCUAGAAGCGAAUUUCAUGCGCGAUUUUUCCUGCUGCGGCGUCACCUUGCCCACUCUGCAUGAUCUCCUCCAGCAUUACGAAGAAGCCCAUGCGACCAAGUCGCCGCACCAGGGGCACCGGCCUAGCCAGGCCGACGCCCGCGCGGCGCUGGCCGCCGCCGCCAUCUCGCAACAUCAGAGCCAACAGGCUGGUGGUGCAAAUCGAAACCUUCAACCCGACCGCGCGCUCGACAUGCAGCGUAAAGUGGGUCCGAACCAUGUCUCGCAGCAGCACUCCGAUCUGGACGCCAUCGACGACAUGGAGCUCGAUGAGCCCAUGGGUGACAUGGACCCAUCGUCUGCGCAACUCUUUCCCUCCCAGUCAUCGCGCGAUACCACCCCGGGCGCCUUCGGCACCCCGAGCCAGCGCGUCCCGCAACUGAACCUGACCAUGAUGCCGGGCCACCAAAACUUCAAGGGCUCGCAGCCUGGCACGCCCGUGGCAUCGACGCGCCCGCUGCCCCCACUGCAGAACAACCCGACGGUCUCGUCGGUCAACACCCCGACCCUCAUGGCCAACCCGCUGCAGACCGCUUCGCAGUUCCAGGGAACCCCCAACAGCUCGGCCCCGGGCACCCCCGCCGAGCUGGAUGAGAGCAUGCUCGGCGGGUUUGGCGAUCUGACCAUGCAGAACCCGGCCCUCCUGCAGAACCCGGGCUCGCAAUUUGGCGGUGGUGGGCCUCGGUUCGCGACCCCCGGCUUGGGCAACGACAUGGUCGACCUGUGCAUCGACGAGCCGGCCAAGCGCCUCUUCAGCCCGACGGGCGGCUUCGGCUCGCCCAACGCCCACUUCAAACUCAGCGGUGCUCAAUACGGCCCCAACAGCGAGAUUGCCCGACGCAUCCGCGAACAGCAACUCCUAGCCGGCGUGCCAGACACCACCGCCCUACUGCCAAACGAGGAGCCGAAGCCUUUCCGCUGUCCGGUCAUCGGCUGCGAAAAGGCCUACAAGAACCAAAACGGUCUCAAAUACCACAAAGCACACGGCCAUAAUAACCAGCAACUACACGACAAUGCCGACGGCACCUUCUCGAUCGUCAACCCAGAGACCUCGGCCCCCUACCCCGGCACAAUGGGCAUGGAGAAAGAGAAGCCCUACCGCUGCGAAGUCUGCGGCAAGCGGUACAAGAACCUCAAUGGGCUCAAGUACCACAAGUCACAUUCGCCGCCGUGUAAUCCGGAUCUCCAGCUUGCCGCGGGCCGGAACCUCAACCUCGGCGGCGGAGUCAUGCAGGGGCAGAACAUCAAUGUCGCGGGGGCGGGCCUCCCGGGAAUUGGUGAAGAGGGACUUCUCUAGCGUAUAACUUCCUUCUGCUUUACCUUUAUUCUUGUUUCUUUUUUUCUUUUUUUUUUGGGCUAUGAUUAAUGACGGCUGGAGUCGGGUGCAUGGUUUGAAUAGAUCCCGAUAAUCACUAGUCUUCUCCUUUUUUUUGUCUUGAUAUGUCUUGCUUAUAUGUCUGCUUCGACUUGCUUCGAGUUGGAAAUCCGGGUUUUCUUGACGCGCAGUCUUACAAGGAAAAAAAAAAAGUUGGCGUUUGUACAUAUUAGAUUCUUAUUACACUUUACUUAUUAUUCAAGGGGAUUGAUUUUGGUAAAGCAAGUACAUAUACAUGAAAG